UAACUUGGGGAUUAAAAACUGCAUUGUUAAUUGAAGGAGUUGGACUCGGCCUAUCGUACGCUCUGUGGUACAAGUUGAACACCGAAAGAGUUUGACGAAGGAUCUAAACUCACCGAUGCUAGAAGAGUGAGUCAACAAACUAUUAAUGUUUUAAAAGAAGCUGCCAAGCCAGAUUCAGAACUAAAUAAAGUAAUAGAAGAUUUAUUAAAAAAAGGAAAAUGAGUGACAGAAAUUCGGUAUUAGAACGAUUAAGUAGGCGAGAUGCACAACGUUUAGAAAAACUGCAAAAGGCCCACAAAGCAAGGGAAGAAGUAGAUGCUUCUAAUGAAAACGAAGAUUAUUUUUCCAGCUCAUUUAAAAUUAAAUCUGAAUACAUUGAAGACUUACUCAUGCAAGUUCCAACUUUAGAAUUACAUGUAUUGCCUUCCCACUUUGAUAGCAUAAAAAGAGAAGUAAACGAAUUACAAAAAUAUGUAGUGACAUCAUCAUUCUUCUUGAAGGAAUUCAACAUGCGUAAAUAUUUGGGUAUUGUACAGAAUCUACAAACAAAAUGUUAUGAAUUAGAAGAAAGGUAUGUUCCCAGAAAAAAGUUUGGAUUCUCUAAGAAAAAGAUUCCCAAGUCACAUACUGAGAAACAAGGGUCACUCGACGAGAACGAUGCAGCAAGAAAGACAGACAAUAAAUGGGAUGAAAAACUUUUUGGUUUUGAUUCACAAAAAGACAAAGUGCUUUUACUUGAAAACGAUGAUUUGUUUCAAAGGGAUGUUGCUUUACGGAAUCUUACAAACUGCACUGUAAGUCUCAAGGGAGUGAUGGGAACUUUGCAUUUAACUAAUCUAGAAAACUGUAUAGUACUUUCCGGUCCAGUCACUUCAUCUGUGUUUAUGGAGAAAUGCAUCAACUGUAAAAUCGUUACUGCCUGCCAGCAAUUACGAAUGCACUCAUCUAGUAAUUGUGACAUUUAUUUACAUGUGACUAGCAAGGGAAUAGUUGAAGAUUGCACAGGCAUAUGUACUGCUCCAUACAAUUUGUAUUACGAAGACUUAGAAAAGCAUUUCAAUAUGUCCGGUUUGGACCGGAAUUCCAACAACUGGGACCGUUUGGAUGAUUUCAACUGGCUGGCUCCGGACAUCCCAUCACCUAAUUGGUCAAUUUUGAAUGCAGAGUUACGCAUCAACAGUUGGGACGAGUGGUGGUCAAGGAUUCCUUCCUAAUAGUUUAAAGUAGUCUAUAUAAAUUUGCAGUGUUAUAUGAAGCUAUACAUAACCCAUAAUUGUAACAUCUAAUUUAGUUACAGCGACUAAUUUAUAUGAAAAAGCUGAUUUACAAAAUAUAAUUUCUACUUCAUUAAUAUUUGUUGACCAAUUUGUUGAAAUGUUGAUUAAUAUGGAAUUUUAUAAACAAGUUCUGGUUCAAUGAUGCAAUUGAAGUGGAAAAAUAUCCUAUAAAGUAAAGCAGCUUCACAGAAGCUAGUAGCUUUGAUGAUUUUAGUUUAGAAGACAAAUAGCUAGGAAACAAAUGUAACAUAUAUAAUUUCUACAUUACAGAAGUGUCCUUGCCAUAGCAAUCUGGUAAAUUUUGAGUACAUUUUUCAGCAAAGUGAUCAAAGGAUGAUAUUUUCUGUAAUACACGUUCAGAAUAACACGAGUGGCGAAAGACUGUAAUGGCUGCAGAUGAAACAUAUUAAAUAUUUGUAACUAUUGCAGUUGGUAGAGUACAACUCCCACAGCAUUUAAAAGUUCCAUAAUUACCGGUGGGUUUGUGCAUCGUAUCUUCCCUUUGACAUAACUCAUAGAGAGAUAAAAACAUGUAAUUUUUCUAAUAUUUAAAGUUAAUUAAUGUUCAUAGGUUAUAUUACGUCAACCACAAAUUAUGUUCGGCAAAUAUCUGCUUAUUUAAUUCACUUAUAUAAUAAUUUAUGAAAUAAAUAACUUUAUUAUU